CGCCGACCGUGCUAAUUGACAACUGUUGGCUUGUCUGACCAUUGUCCAGGUCAGAUGUGUGCUGCGAGCCGUCAUCGAUUGAAUUAGGUUAGUCAUUCGCAGUAGGCAGGCAGGCCAGCUCAAACAAGGCAAAAGUCACCGUACCACCUUCAUCAUAGUACAUUCAUUGACACCCAGACAGACACAGGCCCCCAUCCCAGACACCCGCCAGGCCCCCACACAAAGACAACCACACGCAUCCAUCCAUCCAUCCAUCCAUUUCUGAAUGCAUCCCUAAUUGAAGACUGGUCGACCACUCACAGGAGAAGGCAACCCAGGCCAGCCCCACCACGGCCCCUCUCACGUUGCGCCGUCCGUCCAUCCAUCCCCCGUUGCCGGCCGUUUCUCACAGCCUCUCCCUCCCGUCAAUCAGUUCUCGUCGAUGAAGACCUCGAUGACGUUCAUCGACGGCAGGGCGAUCUCAUCCCCCGGCGGCGUCAGGCACGCGUCCGCAUCACCCCCCCUCAUGUCCAUCGACUGGUGCACCGCCACAAGCGCCGUCUCGAUUGGCGGCUGCAUCCCCACGGCCGCCCCAAGCGCCGCUGCAGGGCCACCUCUCUUCUGCUCGUCCGUGGCCGCCAGCAUGUCGCGGUCCUCCAUGGUGAGAGGCGUGUUGCGCGACUCGGCCCGUGACGCCACAGCCUGUUGCUGUGAGCCCAUUGCUGCCGGGAUCUGACGCACCAGCCGGCGAUCGGGUGAGCUGGGCGACGGGGACGACUCACUCGCCGCUGGUGGGCAGCUGUCUGCUGCGGGCACCGUGUCUGGGCUGUCUGCCGCCGCGUCGUCACUCUGGCUUGGCUGCUUCUGGGGGACCAGCUGGGUCUGUGAGGGGGUGGGGGAAAUGGUGAUGUUGUCGUUGUCGGCCUGGCUGAGGCCCUCCAGGUCGCGCAGGUCCCGGCCGCCCUCGCUGCCCACCUCCACAGACAUAUUGGCGCUCGACUGCGUCGCCGCGCCGCCACUGCCGCCCUCGUAGCCGACGUACUGCGAGUCGCUCAGGGGCGGGGGAACCAGAGAGGUCGGCGGUCUGUCGCGGUCGCCUGGGGGUCUGGGGGGCGUGGGGGAGGGGCGGCUGGCGGCUGGUGGGAGGGAGGAGUGGAGGGACAAGGGGGGCUCCUGGGGGUGGGUGACAGUCACGUUAACGUCAGGGGCCUCUUCCAGGACGUCGGGGCAGUCGCUUGAUGAAACAUUCAGGGCGAAGGGACCCUCCGCAUCUGGAUCAGAUCACCACACAAACGCAGCCACAUCGACACAAAUCCCAUCUUAUGCUCCAUGGUAAACUGACCAUCGAGUUCAAAUCCGUCGAUGUCUUCUUUGCGAUCGAGGAAGUCCUCUGGCGGUAACACAAAGGGCGGCAGCAUCCCGCAGUUGUGGCUGCGCGGCCCGGUCGGCCCGCCACCUGCCGCCCGCCGGUGAUGGUGGUGGUGGAAAUGACCACCACCGAGAUGCGCAUGACCCGACUCAUCCGCGCUGGCUUCAUGCUAACACACACACACACAGACAGACAGACAGACAGAGGUGGACGGGUUCGUUGUGUGGUGCUCUUCACACAUAUAUCGUUACCACAACAAUUGGUCUUGAGUUGUUGUUAGAUCUGUUGAGGUCUUCUCUGCUGAUGUCAGCCGAUGACCCGUCGAGGCCGUUGGUGGGGUGUGUGGGGAGGGAGGGGACGUUGCGGAAGAUCCGCAUCUCGUACUCGUCUGUGCGAGGCUCAUACAGGGUCGGCAGCUUGGGACUCCUGUAACCACACACACACACACACACACACACACAAGUAGGCGGUGGCCGCACGGCUGCAGAAGCGACCGAAGUUACCCAGGGUCGAAGUAGGUGGGCCUGACUCUCUUGCAGAGCAGCCGGAACAGAUUGCCGCACGGACCCCUGCAGGCAGACACAGAGAAGGACAGAUGGCAGCAAGAUGCGCUGGUGUCUGGGUCUUUCCUGCGUGUGGGUAGGGUUCUUGCCUGUUGAACGGGUUAGAGUGGUCAACAUAGAAGUUCUUGAUCUGCUCGUAGGUCGUCUGGUUAGUCAAAAUCUGACACACACGGACCGAGAGAGAGAGAGAGAGAGAGAGAGCACGGCACACACAGAGAUAUGGAUGGUAUCUCUGCCUCUUUCUCACUCAUUGUGUCACAUCUGUCAGUCAGUCACUACUUACCAAGUAGCUGUGGUAGAAGCACAAGCCGACGACAAAAAACCACGCCUGCCCCCACCCCACCAACACACACGCAUCCCACAUCUGCAUCUGCUGCCCAAAGCAUCCAAUUGUCUGUCUGUGUGCCUGCCGACCGCCAAACAGUAGAGCAUCAGGAGCAUGGCGUCCGUCGCCAAGGCCCAGAUGCCCUUGAACACUGCCAAGCUGGAAUCCUGGACACAUCCACACACACACACAACACACAGGGAUGUGGGCCGAUCUGUGUGUGUGUGUGUGUGUGUGUCGACGGCCCUUACGUGUUGGUCUUCGAGGUCAACGACGACGUAGUAGAGUUUGACGGUGCACGUUGCCAAGAUGAACAUGUCCAGCAAAGAUACAGACAACACAAAUAAGUAAAACGACCUGAACAAACACACCAGACAGAACACACAACGGACAACGGACAAUGGAUCAACGGCUGGAUGGAUGGAUGGAUGGCUGGGUGGACAGACGCAGGUCACUCACUCAACUGGCCUAGUGCACUCACUUGUAGUUUCGUUUGCCGACGCAGUUGCCCACCCAUGGGCAGUGGUGGUCGAACCGCUCCACACAGUUGUCACAGAUGCUGCAGUGAACCGCUCGGGGAGGCCGGUAGAUGUUGCCUUCACACAAUCACAACCACAACCACAACCACAUCAGACCAUCCCCCUCUCCCUCUGUGUGUGUGGUUACACAUACACAUACAUGUGGUGCAGUAUUUGACGCGUAUGGGGUGGCAGUGGUAGACUUCGUCCUGGAACCGCGGCGGCGGCCGUGUGCGGAACCCGUGGGUGUCCUCGCCCAUCUUCCAACGGUCGAAGGCGUUCUUGGCAUCACGCUGACGCGGGAUGAUACCUGGGUCACGGAUCGCCGUGCGCAGAAAGAAAUACACUGUCAGCACCGCCAACAGGGCCGCAACCGCCGGCACCCAUGGGUGGCCCUCACGCACGAACCACUGAGGGAUGGCGUCACACACGGCACAGCACAGCACACAGACGGCAGUCGAUAGAUGGAUGCGUCGUUCCCCUGGGUGGCUGGGGACUGACCGGAGUGGUGACGGCAUGGAAGAGGAUGUUUGGUAAGACGAUCAGUGUCAGCGUCACGGCAGCCGUGCGGCAGUCGGGCCUGACAUGACACAAACACACCAGACAAACACAAAACACACACCACAACGCAGCAGUGAGUGAGGGCGCCGGCGCGUUUGUUCCCAAGUUCUGACCCAGUGAUGGCCUUGCCCUUGCAGAGCACCACGCUGUUGCCGAAGACCUUCUCGCCGCUGUCGGUAUACCCCGACUUGCUCGAAGUCUUUUGAAGAUCAGCCACACCGCCAGACGAUGUCACUGGGCGCUCCCGGACAGACGUCAUUGCCUCUUCCUUACCACCUGUCCCUCGCCGCUGCAACUGCGAUGGCCUUGCCCUUCGACGCGCUCUACGCGGUCACCAGCC